AUGUUAGAUUUUGCGUCAGCAUUACUUCUUUAUCCGAUAAAGAAGAAAGCUCGGGCAACGGAGUAAACAAUUGAAGGGUAGGACAGUCAUCUCUCUUGCAAUAAUUUAGAACCCUAAGAAGGGUUUAGGGUUUACCUAGUGACUUGCAGAUUUUUAAUGCUUUCUGAGUUUUUUCCGAUUGCCGAAGAAAUUCAAAGGUCCAAAGUGGUUUGAUCUUUUCUUUUGGGUUUCUGUUCGUGUUUUUGCUCAUCUUUUGCAAUGGAGAACACAAAAAAUGACAAAAAGCCCAAAGCUCCACCUCCUGUGAAACAAGAAAGAAUCGAAAAAGCCGUAGAUGCUCUGAUGAAAUGGGUAAAGUCUCAGCCCAAAUAUCAGAAACCCCAGCUUCUAGAACACGACGAGUUUUUGUACAUGAUCGUGACUUUGAAAAAAAUUCCAGCCAAAGAAAGAACAAACCCUUAUAAGAUUCGGAUGCCCAAUCCCUUGUUUUCACUGGAUGGAAGCCAAGAGAUUUGUUUGAUAAUAAAUGAUGGUGAAAAGCGGACGUCUCGGGUUUCUUCUGAAUUUGCCAAGGCGAAGAUUAAAGAGGAAAGCUUGCCCAUUUCAAAGGUAUUGAAGUAUUCAAAGCUUAAGACUGAUUAUAAGCCCUUUGAGGCCAAGAGGAAGCUUUGUGGGUCUUAUGAUAUGUUCAUGGCUGAUCGAUCCGUGAUUCCAUUAUUGCCUAGGCAUUUAGGGAAGACCUUUUUUAAGAAGAAGAAGCAUCCCAUUCCUGUGGAUUUGAGCCACAAGCAGUGGAGGAGGCAGAUUGAGCUAGCUUGCAGCUGUGCUUUAGUUUACCUUCGAGGGGGUACAUGUUGUGUGGUGAAGGUGGGGAAGGUUUCUCAAGAAAGGGAUGAAAUCGUGCAGAAUGUUAGUGCUGUGAUCGAUGGGCUUGCGGAGGUGAUACCGAAGAAGUGGAAGAAUGUUAGGUCUUUGCAUUUGAAGAUGUUGGAGUCUGUGGCUUUGCCAAUUUAUCAAGUUGUUCCGGAGAGGCCAUUCAAGAUUGAGGGUGUGGGAAGUGGGGCAGGAUUGCAGGUUUCGGUAGAGGAAUCCGAGAAAGAAGUACAUGCUAGGGAUUCUGAGGAAGGAGAGAAGAAGGCGUUCAAGAAGGGGCGGAUCCAUAAUGUGCGGUACAUGGACCAUAUGUUGGGGGACAUGUCAGAUGAUCUUUUGGGUAACAAGGAUCAGAACGAGGGUCUAUUAGGUGAUGAUAAUCAAUACGAUAGUUUUCUGGGUUAUGAGGAGCAGAAUGAUGGUCUUUUGGAUGAUGAGGACCAGAAAGAGGUUGAUUUACCGCUCUCCUCCGAGGUGGGCGAAAGUAAGGUUUUUUCAGGUGAUGAUGAAUGUGACGGUAGGAUUCCAAAGUCUACAGAGAAGAACGGAUCUGGGAAAAAGAUAGCAGGUGCCAGAAGGAGGAAGGAUUCGAUUAUGGAGGGCAAUUCAGGCUCUUUGAAUGAUGGAGAUGUCAUUGAUUCAAUGCAACCCAGUUUUUCUACCCCAGCUUCAGGGCACAGAAAGAAAAGCAAAUCUAUUGAUAGUGGAAAAGCCUCAGCCAAGAAAGGAAAGACUAAAAAUGUUGAAGAUGGGACAGUCAUGAAUAGUGUCAAGGGCUCGGCAAAAAUAGUGAAAAACAAACAUUUUGAAGAUGGAACAGUUACUGAUGUCAAGUCCUCGGCGAAAAAAUUGAAGAUUAAAAUUUUUGAAGAUGAGGCGGUUACUGACAGUGUCAAUGCCUCGGGAAAGAAAGGAAAGACUAAACUUUUGAGAGGAAAAGCUAUUGCAGCUUGAUAGGAGUGCAGUUUCAAGGAGAGAGGAGUUUGUCGCUAGAUCACAGAUGGGCUCGUAAGAGAGAUUAAUGAUACGUGUUAAAUUAAAAGGACAGUGGAGUUAGAUUCAAAAUUCUUAAGGUGACAUAACAUUAAUGAUUAAACUGCAUAGCAAAUCGGCUAAAAGUACCCUUAAAUUCAAAGUAGUGAGGUAAAUAUUGGUGAAAGCUCGUUCUUACUUUUGUUGUCAAGUGUUGCAUGCAGAUGAGAAUUUGUAACAUAUUUUUUAUAUACAGAUUAUGAAUAUGUGAAUGACAAAUAUGAAAUGUUUUAGGGGCAUUUUUUGAG